ACCCAACACGAUACAAUGGCCACACAUUCCAAUGCUUUAUAUCAGUAAAGAACUUCUGAUCUGGAACGUAGAGACUUCAAAUUGUUGUCUCUCUGCGUGACUAUUUCAGUCUCGGGUAUGGAUUGUUCCCUAACGUGAUUGAGCAAUCGGCGGUGUAACUACGUGUCAGUAUCCGUUAAAAAAGUGAGCCAAACUAAGAUGAAAUGAGAUGGUGUCUCAGUGACAACUUCUAAACAGCUUGUUCGCCAUCAAUUCUCCCAGGACAAACUAAACGGGAUGGGAGAUGUAGAUAUUUUCCGGAUGGUGGGCCGCUAGGAGAUCCCAUUCACAUCCUCAGCAAAUGAUGAGGAGUUACUGCCCGUGUUCACUGAUCAGCUUUCCGCUUGAAGGAUUCACGUGUACUGAGCUUUGUCUCGUGAAUUAAUCAUACAAACACCGGGCAUCGGAGACGCGCUACAUCGCGGAGAUCGUAUGAAACGGGGGUAGUGACUGUGACGUCACCAAAGCGACUCUCGCGGGAAUCUCAGCAAUGGGACAUUGGCAUAAACACAUCUAAACACAGCGUGACGAGGAAACAUUCAAACCAUGAAGCAUUGUAACUUUUUUAUAAUCAACUGAACAGGGUCGUUAUAUGUGAUUGUGGAAGGUUCUAAAGGGACGGAUUUACACAUGCUUCUGGAAAUGGUUUUACCGUGGAUGUUCCCUCGUCUUUGCCAAUAGAGGACCUACAACAUGGAGUUACUGCACCGGUCACUAGUGAGGGCGUGUUUCGCUGCUGUCAUCCUUGCUGGGGGACUACUUACAGGUGACGGAGCGACAUUUCCUCUCACCUAUCAGUUCAUCAACAAUCUGACCUGCUAUGACUGUGCGGAGAACACGAAGGAUUCCAACAACUACUGGGACCCCUUCACGCCCUGCCAGAGCAACCUCACUGCCGUGCCACUGAGGCACUGUCACGCUACAGACAAGUACUGUAAGGUGGAGCGCGUGACGGUCAAAGGGAUGACAAUCAGCAUAAACAGGGACUGCACCGCCGAAUGCAAGUAUGGCUGCAGAGCCAUCGGCUACGGCGUCACACAAAUCAGAUGUAUAUCCUGUUGUAGAGAAAACGCCUGCAACACCGACAACGUGGGCAGUAGGACAAGAUUGAGUCUAACGACGUUAGCAACAAUGAUGUGUUUAUAUUUCACAGUGACCCACGUGGUGAGGUAGCGUACAAGACUGUACGUCACAACUGCGAAAACAGAGGUCAAAGGAAAAGGUUCUUUCGACGAGGGCAUUUUAACAGUGUAUAAGUGUGUUACAUACGUAACAUGACCUUGACAUUUCACAAAGGAAACGCACUUCCGUAGCAGCCAACAGGUGUAUUUCAAGGUUUAGUCAAUAGAAUACAAAUGCAUGGUACAUUGUGAAAAUAUAUAGUACAAGCUAAGACAAUCAGGAUGUGUUUGCAUCAAACAGUGUCAUUUUCAUUUAAAGGGAAGUUUUCUUUAAUUACAUAAUGUAAGAUAUACAUGCCAUCACCGUCUUCUUGAUCUAAAUAUAAUUGCCACCUCGUGCUAGGUUUUCUAAAUUAGAGUAUCUGACAUAUUUCUGUUGCUAAAAUCCUUCGUGGUGUAAUAUGUAAUGUCGCAAUAAGGACAGAAAGUGGCACAGUAUUAUUUGUAACUUCGCAAACAUCAAUAAAUUGUGCCCUAACAUCUUCCCCAGGCAAGGGAGUUAACUGAUUAUAAAAGUCACGUGGAAACUGGACUUUUAUAGUCAGUUGACCCCCUUGCCUCGGGAAGAUGUUAGGCGUGCCAGAAUCUUUGAUCCUAGGUUCGAAUCCCCGAUUCGCCAAGAUUAUAGUGGAUCUAGGUUUUCCAUGGCCAGCACCAAACCCGUGCUCAUGGUGGAUUAUUUGAGACUUCGGGUUUUGCUCCCACACCAUGCUGGCACGCCGUGAUAGAACUGAAAUACUGUUCAAAGAGGUCUUUAACCAUAGCCACUCAUCCUCUUUCGUUAGGGGCGGUGGGGUAGCCUAGUGGUUUAAGCGUUCGCUCGUCACGCAGAAGACCCGGGUUCGAUUCCCGACAUGGGUACAAUGUGUGAAGCAAAUUUCUGGUGUCCCCCGCCGUGAUAUUGCUGGAAUAUUGCUAAAAGCGGCGUAAAACCAUACUCUCUCUCUCCUCUUUCAUGUGAAUGUGAAUUGACAGAGGUUACUCUUGCAACUGCUCUCUCGUCUACAGACGAAAUAUGACCUUCUUGUUCGAUCUACACAUACAGCGAAACAUUAGCAAUUCGAAGUCUUGUGGACCAUCGAACAUCAGUUGAGCUAUGGGUAUUUCGAGACAAGCCGACUGUCGAUAUUUGGUAACGAUGAAGCUUCAGCCGGGACGACAUAGUUAGAUCAUCACAAACAACAUAUCGACGUAAGGGAGGUUGACAAGGUUUCCAGUUACACUUCACCACCUUUAAACGUUUAGAUGCAGCAGAUAGUGCUAUGUCAAUCUGGAUGCAUGACGUACAUAGAAAACUUUUUACUUUUGUCAUUUCGAUGUUAAAGGUAGAUAUCAUUUAAAGGUAGCCAUCGAGUCAUUCCAAAAUUCUAGAAGACCUAAAGUAACACGUGACCUAAGUACGUCACAAUGGAUGUUCCUUUCAGCACACGAAACCAAUAUUAUGUCUGCUACGUUCUUUUGUAAGAAUACCACUGUGGGAAAAACAAAUAGCAUGAUAAAAUAAACCUCGUUUCAGAAUUAAGCAGCCCUUGGAAAUAGCGCUCGAUGACUACCUAUAAUAUAUAUUCGUAAGGGGGUCAUGGAAGAGUACAUAAAGCAUCCUUAAUAAAUAAUUAGACUGUAUAUAUGAAUAUGAUGCACUUGUUAAAUUAUCCGCAUAUUUAAGAACAUGAAUGUACCAAUUAUCAACUAUUUUCAUGCAUUAUGUAUUUGCGAUACAUGAUCAUUUACGAUCAUUUGCCAAAAUGGACACUGAGAUUUCACUGAGAAGAUAAACACAAACCGUGGAUGCUUACAACAGUUGUGUUGAAGGGAAGGCUCUAUAGCAAUACAUGUCUUCGCCCAUCAUCUACCGUGUGACCAGUGUCUCCGAUUCAUGUCUCUUUGUACCGAUUGUCAGUAGUCCAUAGUUCCAUUCAAAUGUGUAUAGUAUCCUAAAAAAACAAUGUCAUGAUUAGAUUAGUGCAUUGAAACUAUGCCAAUCCAGAAACCCCGGAAGAUCGACAUUUAAUUCCGUUACAAUAAUUUGUCAUUUGGAACAUUACCGUCCAAUUAAUAGGGUUUCCCUGUAGUCACUAUCAGUCUAAUUUAUUGGAACACACCAGUACGACACGUAUAUUGUAUAUAUAGGUCAGUGAUAAUAUAUGAAACUGAUUUAUGUGAUAUAAUAAAA